AUGACUUCCGCUGAAGCUGAACGAUCAUUUUCCACACUGAAGAGGAUCAAAACUUUUUUGCGUAGCACCAUGUCAGAAGAUCGACUAUCAGCGUUGUCGAUGUUAUCAAUUGAAAAAUGUAUGAUCAAAAAUAUUCCUAAUUUUAAUGAAAAGGUUAUUGAUAUGUUUGCUGAGAAGAAAGAAAGAAGAAUAGAAUUAAUUUAUAAAAAUGUAUCUGACUAA